AUGAAUGUGCUGAAUUGCUCUCUUCAAGGAAAAAAAUGCUUCCAUCAUCGAUGUCCAAGAUUAGAUGAAUGCCUUCUGUCAACAAAUGGAACUGUGGCAAGGCAAGUCAACGUCAACAACAUCGCUAUGUUUACCAGGCAAAACCAAUUUUUUCAAAGUAGCGAGGUUCAGUGCCCGGCGACCGAAAUUGGCGAGCAUCCGCUCACACUCAAGACGUCAAUGACGAAAUAUUUUCCUGAAGGCAAGGCUCUGGAGAUGAACACCGCAUGGAUGAAGCAACCAUUUCUUGUCGCCGAAGAUGUCAUUUUUGACAACGAAUUCCUGAAGUUGAGAAAUUAUUCCGUGACCCAUAACACAUUCGACACUGUUGAGGAUAUUGCAUCUUUCUGGAUUAAGCAAGGAGCAGUAGGAUACCCAACUCUAAUGACUCGGGCUAUCGACGUACUUCUUCCAUUUCCCACGACCUAUAUGUUUGAACUUGGGUUCUCGGCAAUGUACCACAUCAAGUCCAAGACUAGAAACCGGCUCGUUCCAAGCUCAGAUAUGAGGCGGCCUUUGUCAAAGACUAAACCACGCAUCCAAAAUCUGGUGUCGCAAAACAUGUUCAUCCAUCUCACUAAGACUAAGUCUAUAACAGCACUAUAA